AUGAGUAUAUCGGCCUCUAGGCAAGGCGGAAACCCCGAGCCUAAUACCGAGGGACUAUCGAGAGAAGCACCAAUCGGCGGCAAGCGAUUCGCAGACUUGGAACUCGUUGGGCAUGUAUUCAUAGUGACGGGCGGAGCACGAGGGCUUGGUCUAGCCUUAGCCGAAGCACUCGUCGAAGCAGGCGCAAAAGUCUACUGUUUCGACAAGGCUGCGAGUCCAGAUCAAAAAUGGAACGAAGCCUUGGAGCGAGUGGUCCCGGAAUGGGGCGGCCACCUGGAAUAUCGUCAAGUCGAUGUGCAGGACACACCGGCGCUUGAAAGACUAAUCGGCGCAAUCGCCGAGGAAAAUGGUCGUCUCGACGGAGCUGUCGCAGCUGCAGGGAUUCAGCAGAUUAAGCCUGCGUGCGAAUACACUCCGGAACAAGCCGACAAGAUACUCAAGGUCAACUACACUGCAGUACUUAUGACGGCAUCGAUCACGGCACGCAAGAUGAUGGAAUACAAGUGCCACGGGAGUAUCUGCCUCGUUGCUAGCAUGUCUGGCUCCGUUGCUAAUAAGGGUCUAAUAUCGCCCGUAUACAAUUCAUCCAAGGCUGCCGUCAUUCAACUCGCGCGCAAUUUGGCCAUGGAAUGGAGUCCCCUAAAGGAAGAUGGAACUGGAGGUAUUCGAGUCAACAGUCUGAGUCCGGGACAUAUUCUGACGCCCAUGGUGCUUAAGAAUCUCGAGGAGGUCCCGGGGCUGAAAGAGAAAUGGGCUAGGGAGAACAUGAUGGGGCGCCUGGCAACGACAAGCGAGUUCAAAGGCGCCGGUUUGUUCCUUUUGAGCAAAGCGAGCAGUUUCAUGACAGGAUCGAAUCUUGUCGUGGAUGGAGGCCAUACGGCUUGGUAG